AUGGAUUUAUAAUUCUAAUAUAAAACAAGCUAGAAAAUUUGUUAACAAAACAUGAAGUUCUACCUAUUAUUUAUGGUAGUAAUUUUGGCAGCAGGACAAGUCAAGUCCGACAUGAAAUUGGACCUAAGCAAAGUAGACAUGGCUUGCCGUGAGGAAACCCAGGUCAGCGAGAAUGAAAUUAAGAGAUUCUUUCAAAAUGAUAUGAAAGAACCUAAGGAGGCAAUAAAAUGUCACUUAAAAUGUUAUAUGGAGAAAUAUGGUCAAUGGAAAAAUGGCGCCUUUGAUGAAGAAGCUGCCAAAAAGUUUUUACACAAUAUAGCCGCCACAGAAGACGAAAAGGAUGUUAUAAAUAAGACUAUAGAUGAUUGCAAAACUAAGAAAGGUUCCUCAGAAUGUGAUACCGCCUAUCUGAUUACCAAAUGCAUGACUGAAUACAAAGCAGUUGUCAUGUAAACUGUUAUAUUUGUCUGUGUACUACAUUAUGUCAGAAAAUCUAUUUCCAGAAAUAUUUGAUCAAUUAAAAUGUAAAUUUAUAUAACAAUAACUAUUAGGUGGAGCGUAUAUAAAAUUCAGCUUAGCACAAUAGCUUAAUUAACUCUAGCUUAUUUUCUCAUUUAAAUAUAUAAAAUAAUAUAUGCAGAUGUAAA